AUGCUGGUGCUGGUGGCACUGGUGCUGUUGGUGGUGCCUGCAGAACCCCUGACUGCCUUUCCCCCGAAGUUCCAGGUGGGGAAGCUCAGCCAGGACGUGGUGGUGCGAUGUGACACUUCAGAGCAGCACAUCUACUGGACACUGAACGGGGAGGAGGAGCCCAUGGCCGAACUGGUGCCUGAGGGCCACACGCUCACCAUCCUCGGCUUGGACCUGCCAGCCACUGGCAACUACAGCUGCUGGGCUGGCCCUGUCCUGCUGGACUCCACCUACGUGGUGCUCAGCAGCUCCCGUGAUGAGGAGAUCAACAUGUCCUGCCAGGCUGAGUCCUACAACGGCUCCUUCCACUGCUCCUGGCCCGGGCCCCCCUCUGCCGUCUUCCGUGCCCGCCUCGUACGCAGCGACGGCUCCGUGGGGCCCUGGGUGCCGGUGGUCGGUGAGCACGGCCGCUUCAACACCAGCCUGGCAGACCCCCUGUUCUGCCCCUUCGGAGAGGAGCUGCGCCCGCUGCAGCUGCACCUGGAGGGGCUCUCGGACACCUCCCACCUCAACCUGUCCAGGCACUUCUUCCUGCGCGACAUUGUGCGUCCAGAUCCGCCCCAGGAGCUGAUCCUGCAGCAGCGGGGGGAGCAGCUCCACCUGGCCUGGGCCCCCCCGGCCUCCUGGCCGCUCCCCAAGUCCUACUUUGCACUGCUCUACCAUCUACAGUACGAGCUCCACAACGGUACCCAGGUGGAGCAGUUCGUGGAGGGUGCGGAGGAGACGCCGGUGCCGGCGGGAGCGGGGCGGGUGCGAAUCAGCUGCAGGGACCCCUACACCCCCCCGGCCUGGAGCCCCUGGAGCGCCUGGAUGGACCUCGAUGCACCCCAAUAA